AAAUGUAACGGCGGGAAGAAGAGGAGAAGAAGAAAGAGAGAAUAUUGUUAUUGAGACAGAUAUGAGGUCCUCUUUGAUCUUGGGAGUUACCUUACUCCUGACGAUAGCGGCCACGUCUAUCGUCCAGGCACGUACAAUCAGGUCAGCACACACCUGCGGUUUAGGUCCAGGUACCAACGCGUGCAAGCAAUGCUCAGAAAUAGUGGUGAAAGCAUCAAAGCAACAAAAACCGCUAGUGUAUGCAUCGCCACAGGCAAUCAAUGAGGCUGCAAUAGCGCGCGAAGCGGUUGGAAGAUUUUCCACAGGAACAGGAACCAGUUACAGUCCCUAUAGUAGCGGGGUAGUUAGCUCUAGCAGUAGCAGCAGCAGUAGCAGCAGUAGCAGCAGUAGCAGCUCUUCAAGUUCCGCAUCUUCCGUCGGUUUUCUUGGAAGACUGGGACUCGGUGGAAGCUAUUCCUCUCCCUUCAAGACUGUCUCGCACGAUGUAAUCUCCGAUUCCGGUUGCGGAUGCGGAAAGAAAUCCGAACCUUUGGAGGUUCUUCUGUCCUCUGAUACUAAUAAACAAAUCGUGCCCAGCUUCCCGCCGAUCGGUGACUUAUGUUAUCCGAGCAAAGUUCAGCAAAACGGCAAACUCCAAGUGACCACCAAAGUGAUACCGGCGUAUCCUAGCAAGCCCUUAUGCAUUCAGCCCGUUCCUGAACAGGUUUGCGUAAACGUACAGAAUGGACAGAUCGAUGAAACUGGAAUGAGAAAACUCAGUUUGGCGACCGCGCAGAGCGGUACCAGCACGUUCGGUGGAUUGUUUGAUAAAUUAAGCGGCGGGAGUGCGUUUGGUAGUGCAAAUAGUCUCGGUAAAUAUAUUGCCAGUAAUGCAGGCACUCAAUACGGAAGUUCCGGAAGAUAUGGUAGCUCAGGUAGCGUUUUAGGAUACAGUAACUUGGGCAACCUUGGAAGAUACGGUAGCGCAAGCAAUGCAGGAUAUAGUUCAAACAGUGUUGGAGGAUAUGGUUCAACUAGAUACGGAUACGAAUCAGGAUAUGGAAAUUUGGGAUAUCUUGGAAACGAAUUUGGAACAUCGAGCGAUGUUGAAUUUAUUGAAAACGGCAAAUCUAGCUGUGAUGACUUUCCCAGUGAUGAAUUGCCCAAAGAUUAUUCGUAUCCCAGACUACCUGCCGAUCCGGUUUCGCUUACCUUAGCGUACAAAAAUCUCUUCCCGCGCUUACAACUGGCAUACAGAAAGAAGUCAUUUGUGCCGGAAGAUAAGCUGGCAUUCGGUCAUAGAACGAUACCAACCGAAACGACGUCUAACAAGAAGAGAUUAGAUAUACCUGAAGAGAAGCUUCAGAUCCUCGACAAACCUGUCGUAGAACUAAAAACGUUGUCACAGGCUCCCAUCACCGUCGGUUUUUAUGAUCAACAGGAAGAAGCUAAGUUAGCCGAACUCGAGACCAUCGAACGUGAAAGAAUACAACAGGAGGAAAUCGCCGAGCAACAAUUACAGCAUGCAAACAUUAUUACGUACGGGGACCUAGGAUAUGCGCCAGUCGGUACAAGAAAGUUGAUGAGGCCCCUAUCAUUGAAUUCUCUCGAUGCGCUCGACGUAGACGACGGUUGCGGUCCGGUAGGACCACCAGCCCCCGAUUACGUUCCCGGCAGUGUCGUGAUCAAUCAAGAAAUCGUAAAUGAAGCCGAAGAUGGCAUCCACACAAACGUCGGCACGGCAUACAUUAGUUACGAAGACGACGAGCGUAGCGAUGAGGAAGACGACGACGAAGACUCAACGUCCGGAAUAUUUGCUAGGCUGAGAAGCUCUGCCCAGAAAUACGGUGUCCCGUGUGGGGCUGUAUGAUCUCACACAGAAAAUGCAACACGAAAUGUAAAAAGCAUUCUUUUAAUUGACGAUUCGUGAUCAUCGAGAUGAACCUUGGUUAUUUAAAAACGAAGACGUAGACACCCUCAGAUAUUAUACUAGUCCUAGUCUUACGUCUUUGUGAUGUCACUAAUGUUAAGAUAAUAAUAUAUUAGCAAUUAUACGAGAGAAGAGAAUCAGAAA